AAUGAAACAAUAUACUUGCUCAGGCUUAUAUACUGGUGUUGAUGGUGAAUGUCAACAAGUAACCAUUAUCUCAAAUUCUGGCUCAUUGUUAAUAAAAGUAAGCAUUUUAUUGAAAAUUUAAAAAGACUGUUCCAAACGACUAAUAGAUGGUGUAUUUGCCAGCUGGUUCAAUGGACACAAUACUGUACUUUGGUAAUGAAAUCACAGAAAGUAUAUUUAUUGUAUAUUUGUAGAUCAAUAAAUGUAUACACUGGACCUAGAGAAUCCUGAAACACAAAUUAAAGUGUCUUUUCUGUUGAGUUAAAAGGAUAGUUAAGAACUAUAAAAUCAAUUGAGAGGAAAGCAAGUGUUCUUUCGUUCAUAAAAUCCUCGAAUAUUAGCUUAGAUAGCCCCAGGAAUCUGUAAAAAAAGAUACUUAUAUUAGAACUGAUUUAAACACAAGACAAGGUUAUGAUUGAAAAAAUAGCUACUUUCCCAAAAUCUAUGCAGGAUUAAGCCUCAAUUAGCCGACUUGUAAGAAAUGUUAUUUUAUUGUAAGGGAUAAUUGAAAUAAGAAGCUGAUAUACUCUCACUAUUGAAAGAGCAUGAACAUUAAAAUAUAAUUAAAUUGGAAGAAAUUGUGACUGACAAUGAAUGUGUGUCUAUCAUUUUGGAGAAUUGCUAAGGAGGAGAUCUCUUAAAAUUACUGAAUAAGAAAACAAACAAAAUAGAUAUUCCUCUUGUUAUGGUAAACUUACUCUCAGGUAAUCGAUUACCUUAAUAUUUAAUUAGGUUUAUAACACCUUCAUGAUUUAAACAUAGUACAUAGAGAUAUCAAACUUUAGAACAUAUUGUUUUUAGAUACUUAAGAUGGCAACACUUUAAAAAUUGCUGAUUUCGGUCUUUCUUGUUUUAAAUAAUAAAUCCCAUAUUAUAAUCCAAGGUAUGAUUAUUUAUUAAAUAAUUUAAUAGAUGUGGAACUCCUGGAUACACUGCUCCAGAAGUAUUCGCUUAAUAAUGUAUAUAUGAUGAAAAAGUAGAUAUUUAUAGUGCUGGAAUAAUCUUAUAUAAUAUGUACUUUUUCUGACUUAUAUUUAUAGGUUAACACUUAAAAACCCUUUCGGUAAUUCAAAAAACAUGCAAGAUAUCAUUAAAAGAAAUAUAAGUGGACUCUAUGAUGAAAAUCAUUUGGCAAGUGUAAAAAUAAACAAUCCUCUUGGAUAUGAUCUACUUAUUAAAAUGCUUUAGAAGGAUGCUCGUAAUCGUCCUAGUGCUAGAGAAUGUUUAGCACAUCCCUUCUUAAAUUAAGAAAAAAUAAUACUCCAGGAUGAUGAAAAUUUGAUUAACAAUGAAAGUAAGAAGGGAAUUCAAGUAUCAAAACGUGUAAAGAUUUGAA